ACAACAACAACAACAACAACAACAACAACAUUAACAACAACAACAACAACAACGACAACAACAACAACAACAACAACGACGACUACUACUAACCCUCCUUUUUUGCUUAUGACGGGAGGGGAUGGAUGUGAUUAUAACCCUGGAAGUAAUCUAUUUACAACUAUAUACCCAGACAAUAACUCUGCUAUAAACUGGACCUGGAGUUUACCUGGCGUGGUAGCAGAAACAGUUCUUAAUAAUGUAGGCUGGCCAACGUACUCAUGGAUGCCAGAUGGACAUUUAUCCACGUUAAAAGACAGUAAGACAGGAGAGUGGAUAAUUUUCUAUCCUAACCAUGAAAGCUUCAGGACUACUGGCCAAGUUCCUUUGCCAGACAAGAGCCGGAAGUUGAGUCCACCGCACAAAAUAGCUGGAGGAAAACUGAGUUCUGAUGCCUAUAAUAAUGGUGGAAUGUGGUUAAUGUCAGCUCAUCUAUCGGAUCCUGAGGGAAGCAUGGUUGGAUUCUUCCAUACAGAAGAUCAAUAUCCAGGAGCAGGAGGUAUGGCGUUCAAGUCUGUGGCUCUAGGUUGCAGUAAAGAUUUUGGUGUCUCCUGGGUUGAAAGGGGUAGAAUAAUAACUGUAGGAGUUAAACCAGUUCAACCAGCUUGGUCAGGAACAGGAGAUCAGGAUGUUAUCUGGGAUUGGAAGAAUAAGAGAUGGUAUAUGGGAACCAGUAUGUCGGCAGCUGUAAACUACAAUAUGAACGGUGAGAUGUCUGGCUGGAAAAAAUGGAAUGGAACAGCGUUCUCUAGGAACAGUUUAGUUGAGGAUAUGGAACCUCUGAGGGAUUUUGAUGGAAAAGUUUUACAACCAGGUGGGAACCCCUCACUGCACUGGAACAAGUACCUAGAACUAUGGGUAAUGGUUUACCAUGGAUGGAACGGAAACAUUUAUAUCACAACAUCAAGAGAUCUUCCAUUCUUCAAUACUCCUCGAAUAUUAGUUGCAAGAAGCUCAGCUAUUGAGAAGAAUUGGUAUCCAACCCUCCUAUCAUGGGCGCACGGUGAUCGUCUGGGAGGAAGAAGUCUGUACCUGUAUUACCGUCUGUUCCCUCAAGGUCCAGGAGGUGGAAUUUCGUUCUUUAAGAAGACAGAACUUAAACUCUGUAGAGAUUCAGAUUGUGAUAAAUCAUAAUUUUGUAAUAUUAAAACAGAAAGAAAAAUUAUAUUUAUUGUUUAAA